CCAAAAUGUGCUUUAAAUUCAUAUCCAAAUACAGUUAAAGUCUUGAAGAUUACAAUUUGGGCAGAGUAAAAUGAAACCAGAAGAAGGGCCUAGUCAAGUAAUUAACAGAGACUCAUCAGGGGUGAAGAGAGGUAUUUCUAUUUUAGACCUUGUUUUAAGGAUCUUCGCCAUUUUCGGUACGUUAGGAAGUACAAUUGCGAUGGGAACAACCGACCAGACUCUUCCGUUUUCGACUCAGACAGUGAUUUUCCAGGCUCAAUACAAUGACAUACCGACUUUUAGGUUUUUCGUGAUCGAGAGCGCAAUAGUGUGCGGAUGCCUUGCUAUUUCUCUACCAGCGUCCAUUUAUCAUGUUAUCAGGACAAAGGCAAUAAAGAGUCGGGCCUUGCUGAUUUUCAUUGACACGAUAAUGUUAGCUGUGCUAACAUCAGGCGCUUCGUCAGCAGCAGCUGUAGUGUAUUUAGCACACAAAGGAAAUGCAUCGGCAAAUUGGCUUGCCAUUUGCCGACAGUACCAAAAUUUUUGUGAACGCAUAACGGUAUCCUUGAUUGGCUCGUUUGGCGCUGUCUUAAUCUUGAUUCUAUUGAUCCCUUUAUCGGGCUUUAUCUUAUCUAGGCAAUGGUCUGUAUAAAAGCAAUAAAUCGGUGGUGAUCUACUGAUCCUCUGCUGUAAUUUCCAAUGAACUUAGUUUUACGUCUGAAAUUCAAUAGUUCUCAAUUUGGUUUUAAA